AUGGAUCUAUUCCAUUCAAAGAGUGACCUAGAUCUAUCUAUUAAUUUUGACAACAAUUCAGUUAAAUUUUCACAUGAGAAGAAGAUUCAAACUCUCAGGAAAUUUGCAAGGAAGUUAUAUGCACUUCAAAGUUCUGGCCAUGUUUCUGGUGUUCAUCCAAUACCAGCUGCCAGAGUGCCCAUUCUGAAAGUUGUUGAUUGCGGAACGAAAAUUGAGUGCGAUAUGUCAGUUGAAAACAGAGAUGGAGUUUCAAAGUCUAAGAUAAUCCACAUGAUCUGUUCACUCGAUGAAAGGUUUCAGAAGCUGAGCUUCUUGAUGAAAGCUUGGGCAAAAGCGCAGAAUAUUAAUAGCUCAAAAGACAAAACUUUGAACUCAUUAUCUGUAAUUCUUUUGGUUGCUUUUCAUUUGCAGACACGAAAUCCUCCAAUACUACCGCCAUUUUCUGCCAUAUUAGAAGAUGGUUCUGAUCCCGAUGCAGUGGCAAAGUCUCUGAAUAAGUUUGUGAACUAUGGGAAGAGGAACAAAGAGUCAGUGGCUGAGCUGCUAGUUACUCUAUUAAUCAAGUUAUUGUCGAUUGAGAAACUAUGGGCCAAAGGACUAUGUGCAAGCACCUAUGAGGCAUCUUGGCUAUCUAAAACAUGGGAUUCUAAAGUUUGCUGCAUCAGUGUUGAGGAUUUCACUGACCGGUCUCAAAAUGUCGCAAGGGCUGUUGGGAAAGGAGAAGUAAAACGGAUAUACAAGUGUAUCCAGCGUUCUAGCGAAUACAUUUCUGCUUUUAUGGAUGGCCUUGUUGAAGUACCCACGUUAAGAUAUCAGUUGUUUGGCCAUGCUGCUCCAUUUCAAGACGGUUCUCAGACAGCAAACAUUAAAGAAGACGGGAAUAUAAUCACUCUUCCUUGUGGAGAUAUCAAGAAUAAGGAGGAUCAAAGUAAAGAAGGCCAGAAAGGAAGUCAGUUGGCUACACCUUCUGAACCAAUCGCGACUAAAAAGAAAUGGUCUACCAAAGGUUGGGAAGGAUUAACUUCAGCGAGUUGUGGACGGUCAAAAGAGGACGGUGUACCACCCGACUCUUCCGGGACAAAAAGAAAAUGGUCUACCGAAGGUUGGGAACGGUCAAAGGAGAAUGGUGUACCACUUGACUCUCCCUGGACAAAAAGAAACUGUUCUACCGAAGGUUGGGGAAAAGUAUCUUCAGCAAAUUGGGGACAGUCAAAGGGGGACGGUGUACCACCCGACUCUCUCUGGACAAAAAGAAAAAGAUCAGAAGAAACCCCUAGAGGGACUUCUUCUGCUCAAUGUUUUAGAAAAUCAGACACAAAAAGUUGGCUCAAAAGAAAGGAUAACAAUAACUGUGCACCUAAGGCUCAGUGGUCAACCAUGCAAAAAGGAGGUUGGGGAGGAAGCUGAAUGAACCAUUUGAUUUGAUGCUUUGGCUUCCGGUUGAGUGAAUCACUAGCGUUGCCCGGGUUAUCAAUAAUAUCAUCUUCUUUGUUCUCUUCUCAUGGAUAUGCCAGGAGUAUUUUGCGUGUAUCACCAUCUGCAAAUCAAGUUUUGCAUUCUUGCUAGGACUUAGGAGUAUCUUGUAUGCUCGUUAACCUUAUGGUUUUGUACUGGUUUGUUAGGACGUUUUGUACAUAUUUGUGGACUUAGCAAUGACCUAACAAGAUGGAAUAUCAACUGCUCAAUGUACAUUAAUUUUAUGCACCUUAAGAACAUCAAGGAAUUGAAGGAAAA